AGGUCCUCAGGACGUUCUGGGAACAUACAAUUUCUUGCAUGACAACUAGCACUUUUCUUAUGAAGGAAUGAAAGCAGGAACGUGACAGUGACUGGAUAUUCAACUGGGGAGUUAACCACGUUAUGUAUGCUACCGAACAUUUAUUAUUUCAAAACCCGACCCCUUGUCUGUAGUCUGGAGACGUUUUCAUUGUCGCCAACUAGCACAAUGUUUGGGUGGGGAAAAAAACCCGACAUCACUGGGGAUGCCCCGUCCCGUCAACAGUAACCUUGAACUUAAGCCAACUUCCAUGAAUUCACAUCCUGGAAGUGGAGGGACGAACGAGCAAUUCCUACAGUGAGUUUUCUUUUAACCAGCCUGUAUCUGACAUCAUCAUGAAAAGGGGCACACUGUCUUUCCUCAUCUUCACACUGACCCAGGUUAUUGAGAUGCACAGUCCUGUGGAGAUACUGGCGAGGAUAUCAGACCCUGAACACAACAUUACAAUGUCAAAUAUGUCUUUGACCCGCAAACAGAUCUUGGCAGAACAGUUUGAGUGCUUCCUUAAGCUCCUUCAUGGCCCAUCACAUUUGGAUAACGAUGCGUAUUGCAACGGCACAUGGGAUGGAUGGAUGUGCUGGGCAGACACCCCCCCAGGAACGGCAUCACAGCACUGCCCUUCUUACUUCAAAGACUUUGACCCUCACGAAAAAGUUACCAAAGUUUGCAAUCGAGAUGGUCAAUGGUUUCGUCACCCGGAAAGCAACCGUAUCUGGUCAAACUACACGUUAUGCUCUGCUUUCACUGGAGACAAACUGAAGGUUGCAUUAAUCCAGUACUACCUGGCUAUUGUGGGACAGAGCCUCUCCUUACUGUUCCUCCUCAUCUCUUUCUGCAUCUUUUCUAGCCUCAAGAGUCUAAGCUGCCAAAGGAUCACACUUCAUAAGAACAUGUUUCUGUCCUUCAUUUUCAACUCUAUCAUCACCAUCGUCUGGCUCUCUGGUGCAGUUGAACAACACUACAUCGCCAACAGUCAUAUUGGCUGCAAGAUCCUGUCUAUUUUGAUCUUCUAUUCAGUCAGCACCAAUUUCUUCUGGAUGCUCUGUGAGGGGAUCUACCUGCACACACUUAUCAUUGUUGCAGUGUUUGUAGGGGAGCAACAACUUGGAUGGUAUUACGCCCUUGGUUGGGCCUUUCCUGUGGUUCCUGUGGUGACAUAUACCAUAGCUCGAUGGCUGUUCUACAACAACGGGUGCUGGCUGACUGCAGACUCCAACUUCAUCUACAUCAUCCAUGGCCCACUUCAUGUGGCUCUAGUGGUCAAUUUGUUUUUCCUGCUCAAUAUUGUCCGUGUGCUGAUCACCAAGCUGAAGGUGAGCCACAGUGCCGAGUCAAACACCUACAUGAAAGCGGUACGCGCUACGCUGAUCCUCGUGCCCUUACUGGGUGCCCAGUUUAUUGUGAUGCCAUCACAGCCAAAGGAGCGGACAGCAAAAGCCAUCUAUGAAUUCAUCAUGAACCUCUUCAUGCACUUCCAGGGGUUCCUGGUUGCACUUUUAUUCUGCUUCUGCAAUACCGAGGUUCAGGGUGCGCUCAAAAGGCAGUGGUGGCUCUAUACGGCCCAGUGGAGGGGCCAGCUUUGGACCUCAGAUUCUCACGGCUUUCAUACCGGUGCUUCCAUCACUGAGACAAGCCGUGCCACUAUCAGUCUCAGCUGCCAAGAUGUAGAAGAUAAGAUUACUCUGAAGCACCAACACAAUGGGGACAGUAAUGGCAUCUGUUCCUGCAGUAGUGACCCUAAUGUCCCUAAACUCCUAGAGACCACUGAGGUCUGAGUCUCAUCUGUUCCUGCAGUAGUGACCCUAAUGUCCCUAAACUCCUAGAGACCACUGAGGUCUGAGUCUCAUCUGUUCCUGCAGUAGUGACCCUAAUGUCCCUAAACUCCAAGAGACCACUGAGGUCUGAGUCUCAUCUGUUCCUGCAGUAGUGACCCUAAUGUCCCUAAACUCCUAGAGACCACUGAAGUCUGAGGUCUGAGUCUCAACCACUUCAACUCCACCUCCACUGUUCACAGUGUUUAUUCUAUGUCCAUAAACACAGUAUUUGCACUGCUACAUAUACUUGUAUUUCCAUGGGUUUUGUAUGGGGUGUCUAUAUAGUUAUAUUGCACAAUGCUAAAAUAAAUUAAACAAUACAUAGAUGUAUACAUAUGGGAUUGUUGACAUUGUUGAUGGUGUAAUGGACUCACUAGAUACAGAUAGGUUAUGUAUGUUAAUCAUUCAAGCAAUAUACACAAUGUAUCUUACAUUAUCGAAUUAUAAAAAAAGAUAUAUCUGCUCAUAUUUAAGUUAAACAUGAGCAGAUAUAUCUUUUUUAUGAUUCUGUUUAUUGGGGCUUUGGUUAUACUAACAACAAAAUGCAUACAUAUAGGACGAGUUCACCAGAACAACAGUUCUUCACAUGAACACAACCUCACAUGCCCAUGCCCCUUCUCCACACACCUUGGCUUAAACAUAUACUCACACGCUAACACACAUAAGACAAACUCACAAUCACACUAACACACACACACACACGUACAUGUGGUUCUCGCUUCUGUCUAACCCUUUAAUUAUAAGGCUUCAUAUAUAUCAUGCCAUAUUCUACCUAAGUGUCCCCUUGUAUUUCUGUUCUCAGACAAUGUCUUUUCUCUAGUUAAAUAAUGCCGUAACUCCCUGCCAUGCCUGGAGGGGGUCUAUACAUCUUCUUAAUGCUUUACAAUAUGUUUUGAAAUACACCAGGAAGGAGGGAUCUAAUUUGUGUAUUUUAACUUUAGUAUAAUAUAUUGUCAUAAGUUUAUAAUGUUUGCAGCGUAGCUUUUCAUUAAUAGUGAUUGUAUUGGUUAGAGAGCAGACUUGUCCUUGUUUGUUUGAACAUCAUUUAAAUAGUUAAAAGGCUUUGUGAUGUUGCAAUCCCAUCUAAUUAAUAAUGGAUCUCCGCACCUUUUGUGCUUUGGGAUAUCAGCCUAACAGCCUGCUUGACACCACCCACCCACCCCCAAACACUAGGGCUGAGUCUGUUUUUGUAUAACUUAAGUAUAUGUUAUUUGGUACACAGGAAAUAUAUGUAAACAAAUGUGUAUAAAUACUAUGGAGUCACAUUUGUGUUCAGUAUAAAUAAAACAACACAUUCUAUUGUACUGAUAAA